CAAGGCUAGCCAUGACACUUUAACAAACAAAAAGGAAAUAAACAAAAACUUUGGAUUUUUUCUUGUUUCUCUUUUUCUAAAAAAAUCACACAAAUCUUCUCUAUUCGUUUCUCUCAAUCCUUCCUUCUUCCUCAGGUUUCUGAGGAUUCGUUUUUUGAGUUUUUCUUCAUCACUGUGUCGUGUCCUCUCGUUCCUUCUCCGAUAACCAUCGGAGAAUCGAGUCGUUCGUCUCUGUUUUCUAGGUUAGUACUACUACUCGAUGACUUAUCACGAGGAAGACGAUGCGGUUUCUGAAUUUCGGGUCAGAGUUGAAGAUGAUAGAGUUGAGAAAUCAGGGAAUUACGUUAAACUUAGUGAUGACGAGUUUGAAGAACACCGACAAGAAUCAGAAGAAGACGAUUCAUCAUCAUCAUCACCGUCUUCUUCUUGUGGACAGAAACGAUCUGUGUGGUUUUGGAUCAAGCUUGGUCUUUUCUUAACGAUUCUGACUGCUUUGUGUCUCGCUGGUUACAAAUGGCUCGCUCCUUUAAUCAUGGAUAAGGAGCUAAUCCCUCUCAUAAAAUGGGAGAUGGAGACAUUUACACACCCGGUGUGUGGUAUCAUUGUGUUUGCGUCCGUGUCUUUAUUCCCUGUGAUACUUAUUCCAACUACGCCAUCAAUGUGGGUGGCUGGGAUUACAUUUGGUUAUGGCUAUGGUCUUCUCCUUACUCUUCCAGCUGUAGCUAUUGGUGUAUCACUUCCUUACUUCAUCAGCUAUCUCUUCUGCAACAAAAUUCAAGGUUGGUUAGAGAAAUAUCCAGAUCAAGCUGCAAUGUUGAGAGCUGCUGGUGGAGGCAGUUGGUUUCACCAGUUUCGAGCUGUAACGUUAAUACGGAUUUCUCCAUUCCCUUUUGCUCUUUAUAACUAUUGCGCUGUUGCAACUCGUGUGAAGUACGGUCCUUACAUAGCUGGUUCCCUCGCGGGCAUGGCGCCAGAGAUUUUUGUCGCACUUUAUACAGGGAUUCUUAUAAGGACAUUGGCAGAUGCAUCCACUGUGGAACAAAAAGGCAUCUCGAUUCUUCAGAUUGUUCUCAACAUUAUUGGUUUUGUAGCAACUGUUGUGACAACUAUUCUCAUCACCAAGUAUGCGAAAAGACAGCUCGAAGUUAUGAAGAAGGAGGAGGAAGCUUUGUUAUUACAGUAAUGGAGAGACAACAACCUUUUGUCUCUGCUUUUAGUCCCAAAGUACAGGUUUUGUCCAAUAUGUGAAAGAACUCUUGAUUUUUGGGUCUCUGAGUUCUUCACUACUGCUUUUUGGUUUGUUUACAAAGAAAAGGUAGAAAAGAAAUUUAUAAACACAGCAAACUCUCUAAAACCUAAUCUUAGUAUAUGUUUUUCUGGAUCUUUUGCUUUUUGAUGUUGGAAAAGAAUCAAUUAACUGACCUUGUUGUUUAUAUAGUUGAAAACUUGAGAUCAUGUCUCAUUCUACGUCCUCUCAUGUAAAAUAGUAGUUGUUUAUAGUUCUCA